AUGGAGAGAAUCCGAUUGGGUAAAGUAUUCAUAAGCCCAGAUGACCAGGAAAAGGCUAUCCUACGUGCACAUAUUGACUGUUUAUCACAGUCGUCACACAGACCACAUUCUAGUAAUGAGGUAUACUGCAAUAGAACCUGGGAUGGUAUACUUUGUUGGCCAGAGACCAAAGCAGAUGAAGAGGUUAUUCUAUCAUGUCCGGAUUAUAUCCAUGAAUUUUAUUACAACAAUAAUGCAUCGAAACAUUGUAUGUCAGACGGAAGAUGGUACAUUCACAAUGGUUUGAAUAAGACAUGGACAAAUUAUACAUCUUGCUUUAAUCAAAGGCAGCAAAAUCAACCGACAAUGGUUCCAACAUUAGUACAGCAACAUUUAGAAAACAUCAAAAUUAUGUACAAUAUCGGCUAUGGUAUAUCCUUGGUGUCAUUGAGUUUAGCCGUGUUUGUUAUGGUAUAUUUUAGGCGCCUGCAUUGUCCCAGAAAUACUGUUCACGUAAAUUUGUUCAUAUCAUUCAUAUUACGUUCUUUGGUGACAAUUAUACGAGACAAUGUACUGGUCCAGGGACUAGGUCUGCCAGGGGAUGUCGAACAGACUCCUUAUGAUACUGUGAUAUUUAUAACUAAUGGCACGCAUUGGGAAUGUAAACUCCUCUUUACAACGUUUUACUACAUACUGUCUGCAAGUUAUAUGUGGAUAUUUGUUGAGGGACUACACCUGUAUAUAUUAAUAAUGGUCUCAGUAUUUUCAGAACGGAAAUGUGUUAGAUGGUAUAUACUGCUAGGUUGGGGCUUACCAACGUUGUCUGUAUUCCCAUGGGUUGGAUUAAGGAUAACAUUUGAAAACAGUCUAUGUUGGAAUACUAAUCCUACACCUGGUUAUUUUUGGAUAUUGAGAGGACCAGUCGUUUUAAGUAUUGUGGUGAACUUUUUCUUCUUCAUUAAUAUUUUAUGGUCGUUGAAUACUAAGAUGAGAAAGGCGUUGUCAAGGUCAGCGAGAAAGAAUAAGUACAGGCGUCUAGCAAAAUCAACAUUAGUUUUGAUUCCAUUAUUUGGAAUUCAUUACAUAGUAUUUAUAGGAGUGCCUGAUGAUAUUCCACCUGUGGCAGAAGUAGUCAAACUUUACUUUGAAAUGUUUUUCAGCUCAUUUCAGGGAUUAGUGGUAGCAAUUUUAUUUUGCUUCAUGAACGGAGAGGUUCAAUCUGAGAUCUUAAAGAGAGUAUGUCGGCGAAGACCAUACAACCACUACCUUCGAUAUUAUAGGUCGGCUCGAUUAGCAUCUCAAGAACAAAAUUCAUGUUCGGACCGGGCACAGUCGGGCAUAUAUGACAACUUUGAAAUUCGUUCAACAGGAACAGUAAACGAGACCAACAAAAAUUCUUUGAACACUCAGUCAACGGACAUUACUACAGAUAAUGUUCCACGGAAUGUACGAUCAAGGAUUUUCAAAUGGCACAUAGACUCUAAAGGCCAUUUAUGUCGGCAUUACAUGAAGAGAAAUGAAAACAAAUACUGUAAUUUACAAAUCAACCUUAGACGAGCCCAGAGUUGCCUUUAACGUACAAUCUAUAUGUAACUGUUUUGUUGUUUGAAGGGAUUUGAAUACCAAAGAGUUAUAUUAUAUAUUAUAAUGUAAAA